AACUAAGAAGCCCAAAAGAAAAUUUAUUGGGCUUGGGAAAUGAGCAAAUCCCAACCCAUUGAACAGCGUGGGUUUAAGGUGAUAGAAAAGUCAGUGUGAGGAUUGUUGUACUUGUGUGGAGAAGCAUGGUGGUCGGAAGUGCUUUGGGAGCGUUUGCAGUGGCAGGGCCUUCCUCGCCACUUUUGUUGUUAAGAGGACAAAAGGUUUUCAAAUUCAGACCCUUCUCUUCUUCUUCAUCUGCUGCACCUUCUAGAAAGCUCGUCCUCUACUCUAAACCCGGUUGCUGUUUGUGCGAUGGCCUCAAAGAGAAGCUUCAUGCUGCAUUCUUACUCUCUGGCACCGAUUCACUUCACGACGUUGAUUUGCAGAUAAGGGAUAUAACUACCAAUCCUGAGUGGGAAAACGCUUACCAAUAUGAGAUACCUGUGUUGGCCAAAGUGCUUUCCGAUGGCACCGAGGUGGCUUUACCGCGAUUGUCCCCACGUUUAGGAGUGGAGCUCCUCCAGAAAAAGAUAGCGGCUGCUCUGAAUCAACAAUAAAACCCGUUUCAGUUCCGAAAUUUUGUUUUGUAACCAUAGUACCUUACAUUUAACACUAUUUUUUGUAUAUUGACAAAGUUUGGGAAAUUAAUGUGCGUGUUUUGCAGUUUGCACCUACAAUAGGAGAUAUUGCUUGCAUUUAACUUUUUUUCUUCAGUGCUUACCUGUUGAGGGGUGUGAAAUUGUGAAGAGUCUAAAUUUAUCGUUUUGGCGGCUGCAUGUCCUGGUAACAAUGACCUUUCUUUCUUAGGGCUUGAAUUGAACUUUGGUUCUCUCAACGAGACAGCUUCUCAUUUAUUGUUGCGUCUAACCCUUAUCAUGGAAGAGUGCAUGUUUUUGAGAACGCAUGAAAGCAAAUGAGACACGCAAAAUAUUCAAUCCUUCAGCAUGGCCCAUUUUCCACUUGUAAGCUGGGAGUCCAAUGACACUGAUGUGUUAGGUAGAAAUGGGCGUCACUUUCCUAAUACAGGUCGGAUUUGAGCUUAUUUCUUUUCCCAUUUUAAUGAUGAUUACAUGGAGUUAUAAAAACAUAAGAAUAAUUCUUAUACAUAUUGCUGUGUA